UCAUGUAAACUGAUGCCGUCCCCUCUGGAUGAUUGACAGCCGCACAGCCCUGCCUGUGGUGCCUGCGUCGCUCUGCCCGGCCUCCGCCAUCUUGCCUCUCCCUGCCUGCCAGAAGCCGAGUGCGGAAGUGCAAACGGCACUGUGCGGGCUCAGCGUUCCGCCUGUGGACGGCUUGCCAUUUCUUCCAGCCGACACAGCCUGCUUUCCAACAAAUUAAACUGUUUCUAAGGAGCAACGACCAGGGGAGAGAUGGCUGGACGGUUACCGGCGUGUGUUGUCGACUGCGGCACAGGUUACACCAAACUGGGUUAUGCAGGGAACACAGAGCCACAGUUCAUCGUUCCAUCAUGUAUUGCCAUCAAAGAGUCUGCCAAGGUCGGAGACCAGGCCCAGCGGAGGAUGAUGAAGGGGGUGGAUGACUUGGAUUUCUACAUCGGAGAUGAAGCAGUAGACAAGCCCUCAUAUUCCACUAAGUGGCCAAUCCGUCAUGGGAUAGUGGAGGACUGGGACCUAAUGGAGCGCUUCAUGGAGCAGAUCAUCUUCAAAUACCUGAGGGCUGAGCCUGAGGACCACUACUUCCUCCUGACAGAGCCUCCUCUGAACACACCAGAAAACCGAGAGUACACAGCCGAGAUCAUGUUCGAGUCCUUCAAUGUACCAGGGCUGUACAUCGCUGUGCAGGCUGUGCUUGCUCUAGCAGCCUCCUGGACAUCCAGACAGGUGGGAGAGAGGACGCUGACAGGCACCGUCAUCGACAGCGGAGACGGUGUCACCCACGUCAUCCCCGUGGCUGAAGGGUAUGUUAUUGGCAGCUGUAUAAAGCACAUUCCCAUCGCAGGACGAGACAUCACCUACUUCACCCAGCAGCUCCUGAGGGAGAGGGAGGUGGGCAUCCCACCGGAGCAGUCACUGGAGACGGCCAAGGCAGUCAAGGAGCGGUUCAGCUACGUGUGCCCAGAUCUAGUCAAAGAGUUCAGCAAGUACGACACAGACAGCUCCAAGUGGAUCAAGCAGUACACCGGCAUCAAUUCCAUCAGCAAGAAGGAGUUCACCAUUGAUGUGGGCUACGAGCGCUUCCUGGGGCCUGAGAUCUUCUUCCACCCAGAGUUUGCCAACCCUGACUUCACCCAGCCAAUCUCUGAAGUUGUGGACGAAGUCAUUCAGAACUGCCCCAUCGAUGUCAGACGUCCUCUCUAUAAGAACAUUGUUCUGUCAGGAGGCUCCACCAUGUUCAGGGACUUUGGGCGGCGUCUGCAGAGAGACUUAAAGAGAACGGUUGACGCCCGACUCAAGAUGAGUGAGGAGCUGAGUGGAGGCAAGCUUAAGCCCAAACCAAUCGAUGUCCAAGUUAUCACUCAUCAUAUGCAGAGAUAUGCAGUGUGGUUUGGUGGAUCAAUGUUAGCAUCAACUCCUGAGUUCUACCAGGUUUGCCACACCAAAAAGGACUACGAAGAGAUCGGGCCAAGCAUCUGUCGCCACAACCCCGUGUUUGGAGUCAUGUCUUAACUUUGGACCUUCAAAGUCUAACAGUGGACAUUUACUUCACAUCUGCUUUCACUUCAGACAAGGUCAGGAUUCCGCCUCUGUGAUGCAGUCAAAGGAAAGAGAGGGGACUUAUUGAGGUUAACUGAAAAAGAACGACUGUCAGACCAGUAUUGUUAGACUAGAAGUUUUUUAUUAUUAAAUACCAAAUUAUUAAAAGAAUGGGAUUUGUGUAUUUAAUGCCUUGCAACAUUCCAAUAAAGGCUCAAAUUUGUUUCUAA